CUAUCUUUGGCGGUUAAUGUUUUGUGUACAAAUUACAAAUUUAAUAAUCGCGCUGUUUUGUGUGUACAUUCAUUAUUCGCUUUUUGAUAUAGCUGUUUCUUUAAUUUAUUAAGUUUCAAUUCAAUUUUAUUUAAAAUUUAUUUUUAAUGGAUGGAAUUAUGGAUGAUUUAAAUGAGAACGAUACAUCUGAAACAAUAGUUGUUGAUGAUAUGCCUUUGGAUGAUUUAAAUUUAGAUGAUAAAUCUUACCUGAAUGAUACAGAAACUGUUGAGACAAGCAUUGUACCUCAUACCGAUUCUUUUGAUACAAUUGUAGAAUCUAAAUGUCCAGAAAAAAAGAUGGAAAAAGUUAUUCAGCUUCCAUUAACUCGUAUAAAGAAUCUAAUGAAAUUAGAUCCCGAUGUAAAUAUAGCUAGUCAAGAUGCUGCAAUAGCUAUUACAAAAGCUGCUGAACUCUUUAUUCAUAUGCUUGGAAAGGAAGCUUAUAAAUUUACUAAACAGAACAAAAAGAAAACAAUACAAAAGAAGGAUAUAAACGACUGUAUUGCAUCAUGUGAAGCUUUGGCAUUUCUGGAAGGUACGCUAAAAGAUGAUUGAUGUGACAACUCAAUGUAGCUUUCUGUUGAAAACUCAUCCUUUUUCAGAAACUGAAAUUUAGUUGAACUGUGUAAAUAUGAUUUAUGUGUUUGUUUUUAUAUAACAUUUUUAAAGAAAUUGUGUAAAUAUCAAUUGAAAUAAAGAAAAAAUUCACUCAA